AGAGACGCGUUUAACUUGUUCCCGCCGAAUUACUGUUGUGAAUAAUUAUUAUGUCUUCUACCUCUAACUACUACUGUUCGUUACUUAAACUCUGCUGCGAAGCCCAUAACCAAAUCCAAGCAAAGAAGCUUCAUUGCCUCAUUCUCAAGACUGUUACACAUCCAGAGACUUUUCUAUGGAACAAUCUCAUCAACACAUAUGCUAAAUUACGCAAUUUAACCUAUGCACGACAUGUGUUCGAUCAAAUUCCUCAACCAAACCUCUUCUCAUGGAACACCGUCCUCUCGGCUUACGUGAAGUUCGGCCAAAUUCCUGCAAUGCAAGAGAUCUUCAUUCGAAUGCCAUGCCGAGAUGGGGUUUCUUGGAACUUGAUUAUUUCGGGUUAUGCUUGUCACAGGUCAUGUUAUGAGUCAGUGGAGCUAUAUAGAUUGAUGUUGAGAGAUGGAUCCAUUAAUUUGACUCGAAUUACGUUCUCGACAAUGCUUGUCUUGUCGUCAAAUCGGGGUUGUAUUGAUUUGGGUAGGCAAAUUCAUGGUCAGAUUGUGAAAUUUGGUUUUGAGUCUUAUGUUUUUGUGCGUAGUCCCUUGGUUGAUAUGUACUCGAAAGCAGGGUUGAUUUUUUAUGCGAAGCGGGUUUUUGAUGAAUUGCCAGAGAGGAAUUUGGUAAUGCAUAAUACUAUGAUUAUGGGUUUUUUGAGGUGCGGGAUGGUUGAAGACUCGAAGCAUUUAUUUUGUUGUAUGCAUGAAAAAGAUUCAAUUUCGUGGACAACAAUGAUUACAGGACUUACACAGAAUGGAAUGGAGAGAGAAGCAGUUGAUAUGUUUAGGAAAAUGAGAACUGAAGGCUUGGCUAUUGAUCAGUUUACUUUCGGAAGCAUCUUGACAGCUUGUGGGGUUCUUUUGGCCUCAAAAGAAGGCAAGCAAAUCCAUGCAUAUGUAAUCAGGACCGAUUAUAUGCAUAAUGUGUUUGUUGGUAGUGCCCUUGUUGACAUGUAUUCUAAGUGCAGAAGUAUAAAAUAUGCAGAAACAGUUUUUAAGAGGAUGACCUGCAAAAAUAUUGUGUCUUGGACAGCAAUGGUGGUGGGCUAUGGCCAGAAUGGGUACAGUGAAGAAGCUGUUCGGAUCUUUUGCGAAAUGCAAAGAAAUGGGAUUGACCCAGAUGAGUUUACUCUAGGAAGUGUCAUUAGCUCAUGUGCAAAUCUUGCAAGUUUAGAAGAGGGUGCCCAAUUUCAUGGUCGAGCACUAGUUUCUGGCUUGAUUUCCUUUGUUACAGUUUCUAAUGCACUUAUUACACUGUAUGGUAAAUGUGGAAGCAUAGAAGAGUCCCAUCACCUGUUCAAUGAGAUGAACUUUAGGGAUGAAAUCUCUUGGACUGCACUGGUUUCUGGGUAUGCCCAGUUUGGAAAAGCCAAUGAAACAAUUGAUUUAUUUGAAAAAAUGCUGGCCAAUGGUCUACAACCUGAUGGAGUAACUUUCAUUGGGGUUCUUUUAGCUUGCAGUAGGGCAGGACUAGUUGAGAAAGGAUGCAAGUAUUUUGAUCUAAUGGUAGAACAACAUGGCAUCAUUGCAAUACAAGAUCACUACACUUGCAUGAUUGAUCUUUUCAGCAGAGCCGGGAGGUUAGAAGAAGCAAAAAAUUUUGUAUUUAAGAUGCCUUGUAAACCUGAUGCGAUUGGUUGGGCUACCUUGCUGAGUUCAUGUAGAGUUCAUGGUAACAUGGAAAUUGGGAAAUGGGCAGCAGAAUCUCUACUAGAACUAGAACCACAAAACCCAGCUAGCUAUGUCUUGCUCUCGAGCAUGCAUGCUGCUAAAGGGAAAUGGGAUGAGGUGGCUCAGUUAAGAAGACGACUAAGAGAUACGGGCAUAAGAAAGGAACCGGGAUGCAGUUGGAUUAAAUACAAGAGCAGAGUACACAUUUUCUCUGCUGAUGACAGGUCAAGUCCGUAUUCAGAUCAGAUCUACGCUAAGUUAGAGAAGUUGUACUGUAAAAUGAUAGAGGAGGGUUAUGUGCCUGAUAUGAGUUCUGUUCUCCAUGAUGUUGAGAUGUCAGAGAAGAUAAGAAUGCUUAACCACCACAGUGAGAAGCUUGCUAUUGCCUUUGGGUUGAUUUUUAUUCCUUGUGGAUUGCCCAUACGAGUGGUCAAAAACCUCAGAGUAUGUGGGGACUGCCACAAUGCAACUAAAUUCAUUUCGAAGAUCACCCAGAGAGAGAUUCUUGUAAGAGAUUCUGUUCGGUACCAUUUGUUUAAAGAUGGAACAUGUUCAUGUGGUGAUUUCUGGUGAUGGUUUUGUCUGUUGUUUAAAGCUGUUGCGGAUGGCACUGAGACAAAUCUUUGAAUCACUCAAGUGGCACCAUGAAAUAGACAUAGCCUUUUCACUUGAGAAAGUGGAUCCAUUUUCUAUGGCAGCUGUAAGGGGCUAGUGUUUUUGCAACACUACUUCCUAGGAACAUUACUAUGACAAUAAAACCUGAUUUAUAUGGUUUGUCCAAACAAGACCUGCAUGUCAAAGGAGCUGCUAUGAGAAAUUCUAUCCAUUAGAAAGCUUUCUGAACUGCUUAUCAGGUAACCUGAGGGGUGGGCAUGUAUGCUUGAAAAAUGAAGAAGAUAAUUGAUGAUGGAUUAUUAUGUGACAAGGUAAGAGUCUAAUUCCUGUAAACUAUUACACCUAUUUGUGUUAGAUUUGUUACAGUGCUGUCGCUUGAAGCUUGGACAAACACUCAAAUUUCAUUGAUCAAGACAUUGAGUGUUUGGAGGACCUGAUUCUCUUGGUUGGGUUAGGGUAUAUAAGUAUCAACAGAAUCAUAAGGAUACGAAACAUAUGACAUUAGAGGGAGUUCUGUAAAUUAAAACACCAUUCAUUAUUUCCCUGUAGUUAAAUGAUUGAAUGAGCAAAUUUUGUGAACUUCAUACACUAGGGUAUCAAUUGAAAAGGUGGGUUAUUACUUUCUCAGUA